UGUCCUUUAACAUGGCAGAAUAAAUGGGAGGGACCAGAAGAGCCAAUGCAGUACCUCAGAGCUGUAGUAACACAGGCUCUCGCCACACAGAGUUGGGUGGAGCGUGCAGGCAGACAAGCUCUUCUAUCGGACACCCUCGAUCUGUCUGAGCUCUUCCACCCUGACACCUUCCUCAAUGCUUUGAGACAGGAAACUGCCAGGUCCAUGGGUUGUUCUAUGGAUAGUUUGGUGUUUGUUUCGUCAUGGAGGAGUCCUAUUGCACAGGCCAAGCUACAAGUCAAGGUCGGAGGUCUCCAGUUGGAGGGUUGCAGUUUUGACGGUGUUCAUCUUUGUGAGAACCAACAUGACUCUCCCAGUGUGUCGGCUGUCCCCCCCUGCUACAUGGCCUGGGUUCCACAGAACUCUGCUGCUGACUCCACUGCAUCAGAGGAGAGUAUCUGGCUGCCUCUGUAUACGAGCUCAGAGAGGGUGAAGGUGGUCACGCACAUCUGUCUUCCCUGUGGAGUGAAUCCCAACCAGUGGAUACAGACUGGAGCCGCUCUCUUUCUCAAACAACAGUGAAAGGACAAGCACAUUGAGACCGUAACGACCGGGGCUUUUGUGAGCACUGUAAGCCUCAGGGGAAGACAAUAUUGUCAUGAAAGGUGGAUUUGACUGGGGCGUCAAAUAACAGGACAAAUUAUUAACACUCCAAAAUGUCAGGCUGGGAUACUAACACUAUCCUUCAUUUAAUUAAGCACCUUAGCUCGGAGACCAACAAGUUGUAAAACAUGUCGUUACUGUAUAUCGUGAUUAUUUGCAUAAUAUGUUACAAGGGAAAUCAUCAAAGGAGAA